AUGGACGCGGACGGUAAGCCCGACGAAGUGGUGGAGGACGAAGACGAUGAAGACGACGAGGUCGGCGAUGACGACGAAGACGAAGUCGACGACGACGAGGAGGAGGAGGAGGAGGGGGGUGGCUCUUGGGUCUCCCGCCGAAGGCGCUUGACGCGCCCGCCCGAGGUUCAUGUGGAGGAGCUCAAACGGGACUCCAAAUUGAGCCUCGGGACUGAAUCGAAAGAUUUUACAGAAGAGGAAACUGAGGAAGAAGAACCCGGAAGCCAGGCCGAGUCUCAGCCCGCGAUGGGUCCUGCCUUUUUAACCUGGACCCCCGAGGAUGUGGCUGAUUGGAUAGCGUCAUUGGGCUUCCCCGAAUAUAGGGAAUGUUUUACUGAAAACUUUAUCUCUGGGCGCAAGCUCAUCCAUGUAAACUGUUCAAAUCUACCGCAGAUUGGGAUAACUAAUUUUGAACAUAUGAAGGAAAUUUCCUGUCAUGUGCGACAACUGCUGGAAAUAAAGGAGCCUCUUUUUUCCAGAAGCAUUGCUCUCCCUUACAGAGAUAACAUGGGCUUAUUUCUCGAACAAAAAUCUCGAACUGGAAAAAAAAGUGAUGCCCUCACCUAUUCUAAGUUUAUCCAGGAUGCACAGUUACAGAUGUAUGAGCCAUCUCCAAUUCCACCUUCAAUUCCACGUUCUUCAAUUCCACGUUCUUCAAUCCCAAGUCAAGUGCCAAGUCCAGAUUUAAGUUCAGUUUCAAAAUAA